UACAUUUUCAUAGUCAUCUGGGUAUCAUCCUCCUCCCGAUUGCCGUCGAUCAUCGUCGUGACGACAGAAUGAAACUCCGGCGACAAUUGACUUCUAAUUAUUCAGCUUCUCCAUGGAAAGUUCUUAUCACCCAUCUGAUAUGCGGAUUAGGUUUAUCAUCAGCAUUUUGGAUUACCCACAACCUAUACAACAUCAAUCUAAUCUCUGAACCUACGCAAACCCUCCAAAUGAUCUGGGUUAUUGGAUCCCCACUUGUUAUAAUUGUUUACAGUAAUUUCCGGAUGAAUCCAGAGCACAACUCGUACUGGAAAGCUUUGGCACAAGGCAUUUUGGGACUUAUAGCUGGUGCUGUUGUCAAUGCACUUGGGGCUAUUGCUUUGGGAGCACCUGUUGGCACAAAGUACAUCAUGAGAACUUUGCAUUGGUCACUUAUGAUGUCAACAUUCACCUUCACCCCUGCAGCAUGCGUGUUUGGUUCAUCAUGGAGUGACUGGCUAAGAAUAUUUGCACACACUAAGUCAAGUGGAUCAGUAGAUUAUAUGCUCUGCUUACCAGCACACGGUGCCAUUAUUGGAGCUUGGUUUGGAGCUUGGCCAAUGCCUCUUGAUUGGGAAAGAACAUGGCAGGAAUGGCCUAUUUGCGUUACGUAUGGCGCAAUGGCGGGAUAUUUUGUUGGAAUGCUAGCUUCGUUUAUUGUUACAACGAUUGUAGGUGGUGAGCAGCAUGUUAAAGGAGAAUGAUUUAGAAGAUUUAUACUUUGAAAUAUAAUAUAAUGUAAAAAUGCCUCAAUGUAAAAUCUUUUUAGUUUCAAUUCGGUUAAGGGAGAUUGUUAUGUCUAGGUUUUCUUUAAAAAGACAUUGAAUCGGUUUACGGAGAUUUGUUCAGUUCAUUUACCCCCUUUAUAAUUAUGGUUGAA